AUGUCAGAGUAUCUCUAAUAUAUUGGAAUAGUUGGGAAGUAUAUUCUAGGGAAAAGAGAACCAAAUCACUUAAAGAAAAAGAAGAUAGUUAUAGUUGGGGCUUCAUUUGCAGGAAUACAUCUCACUUAAAAACUUCUUCAAUAAGAUAAGGAAGAGUUCUUCGAGAUCCUCUUAAUUGACAAGAAUGAAUAUUUUGAAUUUAUGUGCACUAAUACCAAAAGUUUAGUUGAUGAGACUUAUUUUGAUAGGACUACUUUGAAAUUUACCAAGCUGAGAGAAAGCUUUAGAAGUUCUAAUGUCAUCUUUAAGAGAGGGAAAUUAGUAAGAGUGUCUGAUAAAAGUCAAACCAUUGAUAUUGAAGUUCCUCAAGAGCAAAACAUCUCAACAUAGAAUAUUCUUGAGGUUAAUGGAAAAUCUGGAUAGGCUAAUAUUAAUUAUAGCAAAGUUUAGCAUAUCUAAUAUGAUUUCUUAGUUAUUUGUACUGGAUUUUCAUACUCUUAGCCAAUUAGAGGGCCCUAUGAUGGCAAAACUGAUUUGCUAUCAAGGAAAGAAAGUCUUACGAAUACUAAAGAAUAGAUUGACAAAGCUAAAAGCAUUUUGAUUGUUGGUGGUGGUCCUAAUGGAGUAGAAAUGCUAGGAAAUUUAAUGUAAGGUCUCUAGGGAAAAGGAAAGAAAUUGGGUAUAAUGACUAGAGCUCCAAGAUUAUUAUAGACUAUGCCUUAACAAGCCUCAAAGAUAGCUGAGGAUCAUAUUAAAAGUUAAGGUGGUUUUGUAUAUGUUAACACUGAAUACAAUGAGGAGAUUAGAGCAGAACUCAACUAUGAAUUGGUAUUUGAAUGCACUGGGUAUAAUUUUGAUCAUACAAAAAACUAUAUGCAAGGAGAGCUAGCAUAUUGUCUUGAUUCCUAAACAAGAUAAAUUUAUGUGAAUGAGUAUAUGAUGGUCACAAAUUUAAAUCCAUUGGAAGAAUAAUCGACAUUUGAUCAGAAUGGCAAUGAUAAAUAGCGAACAUAGUCUAAGGUAUUUAAUAAUAUCUUUAGUCUGGGUGAUGUAUGUCUAACAAGAUUAAAUGAAGAGAAGUCUAUCGUCCCAAUAUACUACUAUACUGAUGUAAUUGUUGCUAACAUUAUGUCUAUGAGUAAAAAGUAAGAUGGUAAUUAAUAGAAAUUGAAAACAGUCCCAGAGGUUAUACCUAGAUUCUAUGUGAUUCCUUUAGGAUCUGAAAAUGGAAUUCUAAUCUGGAACGAUUUCGUCUUAAGUGGCAAGCAAAAUGUUUUGUUAAAGAAUAUGAUUGAAAAAUUAACAAUGGGAUAGUUAAAUAACUCUAGAAUUAUUGAUGGCAUAAUGAAAGUUAAAGACAUUUCUUAAUCUGCUAUGUUUUGGUUAUUCUCUAUCAGACCAUUAUAAUGUUUGCCUUGUCAUGAGAGAAGAGCAAAAAGGAGAAGUAACCCAGAGGAAAGAAAAGCUAUCAAAUAAAAGAUUAAAGAACUUGAAAGCAUUCAAACUUAGAUUAAGAAAAAUUUAUGA